UUAUUAUUAUUAAAAUUAUAGGUACAAAAAGAAGAUGUUGAAAAAAUUGAUGCUCAUGUUGAGACAACACAUGAAAACGUAAUUCAAGCUGAACAGUCAUUACGUAAAGCAGCCAAAUUGAAGAAAAUGUCUUAUCCACUUAUUGGAGCUGUAGUUGGGUCUUGUGUUGGAGGUCCAUUAGGAUGUUUGGCUGGUGCUAAAGUUGGAGUAUUUGCCACUGUUACUUGCUUUGUACUAGGAUUCACAGGUGGUAAAGUACUUAAGGACAAAUCUAAUGCUGUGGAAGAAACGGAAAACUCAACUAACAAUUUAGUUAAUCAACCAGUAAAAUCACAUACAGAAUGAACACUAUUUUAAUUAAGAAUUCUAACAGAAUGAGAUUUAAAAAAAAGGAAAGGUUGACAACUUGUUA